GACGAAGUGAAUCCUCUGGUGACACUGGAUUCAUCGGCGAAAUCGCUACAGUCUGCGAUUAUUUCACAAGUUAAGAUGGAGGAGACAUCUUGUAGAAGAGUCGACGAUCUGGAGAAGGAGUCUUUUAGGCGAUUCCAGGAUUUGGAAGAUAAAUUAGACUCCAUCAUGUCCCAGUUGCAACCAGGGGCAAUGAAUCCACAAGAGACGGCGAACGAAGACGGCAAAUCUUUUCCGAUAUUCAAAGGUGGUGAUCCGAGGAAUUGGUUUUUAUGGCUUGAGAUUGAUUUUGGGCUCUAUGGGUGUUCGGAGUGGGAGAAAUUGGAUCUUGCACAGAGUUUUAUGGAAGGUGAAGCUCAAGAAUGGUUUCAAACGAUCCAAACGCUGUUUCCUUUUCAAAGCUGGGAACGAUUGAGGGACGAUUUGUUGAUGAUGUUUGGCAACAAAGAUGAUCCAGAGGCAGUACGAUUACAGACCGAGCGUGACCAACAGCUCCAAGAAUUCAUGGAUUUGAUGAAAUCACGGGAAUCGGUUUCGAUUGAAGCAGAGGUUAUGAAUGUCGGAGACUCGAUUCAGGAGACCAAAACCGUGGCGAGGAAAUCUCUCGAACCAGAGGCAGAUUCGUUUCAGAAGAACGACUCCACUCAUGAUACAGAGGAGUGGAAUGUUUCCGGUGCAAGUGAAUCGAAUCAUGAGAAAGAAACUCAGGCGGAGGAAUCAAUGGAAACAGACUCAAUCUUGGAGUUUGAUGUGGUUCAUCGUAGGAAAUCAAUUCUGAGCAGAGAAUCACUCAUGGGCAAUGAAUCAUGUAACGCAAUUGAGGCGGUUCUUCAGGUAUCAGUCUCUGAUUUGGAACUUUGCCGUAGCAAGAAUGAGUUAGGUUCUCUCAGAACAAAGACAGUAGCUGAGAAUCAGAAUGGCUGGGUGAAGAAGGUUGAGAAUCUAAUAUUUGAAGAUCUUCAUGAAGUAAACAUUAUCCUUUUGGGAGACUCGGGAUUGCAUUAUCAGCAAUAUGGAGUUAGCUGGGAAAGGAACUUUGAGAUGAGAACAAUGUUACAAGUUCUACAAGCUUUAAUUCAACAGCACAGGAACAAGACUGUUGGUACAAAAGGAGAAGCCACGACAUUUGCAGCUGGUACAUUGCUAGUGUUAAUGCUGAGAUUGUGUACAGUACUGGAGAUUAUGACGGCUUUUGCAUAUCAGUUGAAGCGUCCUGUUACAGCAGCAAUCAACUCUAUCUUCUGUGUACUUAUCAGUUGCGGAUCUCAUUCACCAUCGAGAGUUGGUGCAGUAUUGGAGAGUACUCCCGCUACAGUUGAUUGUUCCUGCUACAGCAACAAUUCCCUCUCUCUUCUAUGUCUUGCGACUAAAUUGCAUCUUGUGAUUGGCUUAAUUCUCAAGUGUGAGAUUCAAGAGGACGUGAUUUGCAAGCUUCUACGCUUGGAUCCGUAUUGGUUUGGUUUGUUACCGAUAGGAAUAUACCUUUGUUCUUAUCACAACGUACGUUCAGUGAAGCUACUGAAGCAUUUUAGAAUGCAUUACGCAGAGUUAGCAACUCAGAAGUUUAGUAGCCAUGUGGUAGAAAAAUGUCUUAAGCAUUAUCCAGAGAGUAGAGCUGAAAUUGCCCGAGAGCUUCUCUCUGUACCAAACUUUAAUUAUCUCAUGCAGGAUCCUUUUGGAAACUACGUUAUCCAAACUGCUCUUACUAAAACCAAGGGUCUUGUUCAUACGCGCUUGGUGGAGAAAGUACGUAGGUAUGGGUUACUAAAGUCGAGUCCUCAUUGUAAGAAGAUCUUCUCGAAGAUCAUCGUGAAGAAGUGA